UCUUGCUUGAUCGUCAGUCUGUUUAGUCGAACCGCAGCAUUCGCUCCCAACGUCGCCAGCUGCUCGGACUAUCGUAGAGAGUUUAAUUUUGUUUCUUUUCCCUAAGUUUCUUAAUCCCAAACCAUAACCAUGUCCGAUGAAGAGGAGUACACUUCCGAAGAGGAGGAGGAGGUUGUCGAGGAGACCAAAGAGUAAAAAGCCACCUCAAACACCAGCCGAAGGUGAGGGUGAUCCAGAAUUCAUUAAGCGUCAGGAUCAAAAGCGCUCCGAUCUCGAUGAGCAACUGAAAGAAUACAUCAAUGAAUGGCGUAAACAGCGUGCCAAGGAGGAGGAUGAGUUGAAGAAACUCAAAGAAAAACAGGCCAAGCGCAAGAUCUCGCGUGCCGAAGAGGAACAAAAGAUGGCGCAACGCAAGAAGGAGGAAGAAGAGCGUCGUGUACGUGAAGUUGAAGAGAAGAAACAGCGCGAAAUCGAAGAGAAGCGUCAGCGUCUCGAGGAGGCCGAGAAGAAGCGUCAAGCUAUGCUGCAGGCCAUGAAGGACAAGGACAAGAAGGGACCCAAUUUCACUAUUGCCAAAAAGGAGGCAGGCGUGUUGGGACUCUCAUCCGCUGCCAUGGAGCGUAACAAGACUAAGGAACAAUUGGAGGAGGAGAAGAAAAUCUCUUUGUCGUUCCGUAUUAAACCUCUGGCCAUUGAAGGUUUCAGCGAAAGCAAAUUGCGUGAGAAGGCCCAAGAACUGUGGGAACUCAUCGUCAAAUUGGAAACUGAGAAGUAUGACUUGGAAGAAAGGCAGAAACGUCAGGAUUACGAUUUGAAAGAAUUGAAGGAAAGACAGAAGCAACAGCUCAGGCACAAAGCCUUGAAGAAGGGUCUCGACCCUGAGGCUUUGACUGGCAAAUACCCGCCCAAGAUUCAAGUCGCCUCCAAAUAUGAGAGACGUGUAGACACACGCUCAUAUGACGACAAGAAGAAGCUCUUCGAAGGUGGCUGGGAAGAAAUCGGCAAGGAGGUGAAUGAGAAGAUCUGGAACGAGAAGAAGGAUCAAUACUCAGGCCGCCAAAAAUCCAAACUGCCCAAGUGGUUCGGCGAACGACCAGGCAAGAAGGCCGGCGAACCCGAGACACCCGAAGGCGAGGAAGAUGCCAAGGCUGACGAAGAUAUCGUCGAAGACGAAGAAGAGGUCGAAGAGGAGGUCGUCGAAGAGGAAGAUGAGGAGGCCGAGGAAGAGGAAGAAGAAGAGGAGGAAGAAGAAGAAGAAGAGGAGGAAGAAGAAGAGGAAGAAGAAGAAGAAGAGGAGGAGGAAGAGGAAGAAGAAGAAUAAAUUAAUUUAACUACAUUUAAUAAAAUUUUAAAACAAAGAAAAUAGUUAUUAUUAGCUUAUUCGAUCUACCAACAAAAUAAAACACAAAAAAAAAUCCAAAAACAUAUAUAUAACGAGCGAAUUUCAGAAGAAGAAGAAGAAACGCAGUAAAAAGAACAUAUUUAAAUGUGGAAAACUGCUGAAAUUGUCAAAGUACCUCUCUCACUCGAAUUCGAAUUUAAACUCACUCUGACACACUCUCGACUGAUUAUUCACUCACUCGAACACUCAUACACUACAACAACAACAACAGUGACAACAUGACGGCAUUAUCGCUCGCUCUCUCUCUGUCUUUUUUUUAUAUAUAAAUAUAUAGCAACUGAAGAACAAGAAAAAACUGAGAAAAACAACAAUUGUUCAAAUUUGUUUGUAAUAAAUCUUUGAAAAUGAGAUGAAAAUCUUAAAUCAGA